UUCUGAUGGUUUGUCUGGGAGUUUUGGCAGUUCUUUAAAAUAUGUUUCUGGUAGAUUAGGGAAGUUGAAGAUCACUCUAAGAGAGUUGACGAUUGUUCUAGUUUGGGACUUGUGUUCAAUUG